GGUGUCUCUUCUAUUCUCUUGUCGCCGUAUUCUUCAUCGCAUUCACAUCCAAUAAAGGCGAUACUUUUCGUACUGCCAGCCACUCACAGCCCGCAGCUUUACCGAAACUCUGAUAUUUCGGCGUCUCGGCCGAUAAAAUGGCCGAUUACGCGCCGUUACUAAACGGAGUAGACCAUCCGGCGACCAUCUGCGCGAAACCUCCGCGUAUCGCCUCUCUCGAUGUCUUUCGCGGCCUCUGCGUCUUCCUGAUGAUGCUAGUUGAUUAUGGCGGCUCAAUUUUUCCGAUAAUCGCUCACUCGCCGUGGAACGGUCUCCAUUUGGCAGACUUUGUUAUGCCUUUCUUUCUGUUCAUUGCUGGAGUUUCUCUUGCUCUUGUCUACAAGAAGGUGACAAACAGAGCAGAAGCUACAUGGAAGGCAGUGUUUAAGGCCCUAAAACUUUUUCUUCUAGGCGUUCUGCUUCAAGGUGGUUAUUUCCAUGGAGUAACUUCCUUGACUUUUGGAGUUGACAUUGAAAGAAUACGGUGGUUUGGAAUUCUGCAGAGGAUAGCACUUGGAUAUAUUGUUGCGGCUUUAUGUGAAAUCUGGCUAUCACGUCAGACAUGGGGUGAAGUGGGAUUUUUCAGGAGUUAUUACUGGCACUGGUGUGUCAUCUUUUCAUUAUCAGCCAUAUACGCAGGGUUACUGUAUGGUUUGUAUGUACCAGAUUGGGAAUUCAAAGCAUCGACACCAACUUCUGUGCGUCCCUCUAAUGAUAGUUUUGUUUAUUUGGUGAAAUGUUCUGUGAGAGGAGAUCUUGGACCUGCCUGUAAUUCUGCUGGCAUGAUUGAUCGUUGUAUUCUGGGUGUUGAUCAUCUAUAUUUGAAACCUGUUUACAGGAACCUGAAGGAGUGCAACUUGUCUGCCGAUGGUGAGGUUCCAGAGAGUUCGCCUUCAUGGUGUCAUGCUCCUUUUGAUCCAGAAGGUAUUUUAAGCUCCCUAACAGCUGCAGUGACCUGCAUAAUUGGACUUCAAUAUGGUCACAUUCUUGCACACAUAGAGGACCACAAAGGGCGCCUAAAUGCUUGGUCCUUGUUUUCAGUUUCAAUCUUUGUCCUUGGUUCAUUCCUUGGCUUCAUAGGUAUAAAAUGUUAUUGUGCCUUGAACUCAGUGGCGCUCUCUACCUGCUUGAGGAAAAUGUCCAAAGAAGUGAGUGAAGAGGGACAAGCCCACCACCAUGGGAAGGACUAUGUGGACCCACCACCAGCUCCUCUCAUCGACAGCGAUGAGCUCAAGCGGUGGUCCUUCUACAGAGCCCUCAUAGCCGAGUUCAUAGCCACCCUGCUCUUCCUCUACAUCACCGUAUCCACUGUCAUAGGCAACAAGGUCCAGAGCGGGCCUUGCGAUGGCGUUGGCCUUCUGGGUAUUGCCUGGGCCUUCGGUGGCAUGAUCUUCGUCCUCGUCUACUGCACCGCCGGCAUCUCUGGUGGUCACAUUAACCCAGCUGUGACUUUCGGGCUUUUCUUGGCUCGCAAGGUCUCGUUGAUCAGAGCUGUGGCUUACAUCGUGGCGCAGUGCUUAGGAGCCAUUGUUGGCGUUGGGCUUGUCAAGGCCUUCCAGAAACACAACUACAACUCACAGGGUGGUGGAGCCAACACGGUGGCUUCUGGCUACAGCAGGGGCACAGCUUUGGGUGCUGAGAUUAUUGGCACCUUUGUUCUCGUCUACACGGUUUUCUCAGCCACUGACCCCAAGAGGAGUGCACGUGACUCCCACGUGCCUGUUUUGGCUCCACUGCCUAUUGGGUUUGCUGUGUUCAUUGUGCACUUGGCUACAAUCCCCAUCACUGGUACCGGAAUCAACCCAGCAAGGAGCUUUGGUGCUGCUGUGAUUUUCAACAACAAAAAAGCCUGGGAUGACCAGUGGAUCUUCUGGGUUGGGCCAUUUGUUGGAGCUCUGGCUGCAGCUGCAUACCACCAGUACAUUCUCAGAGCAGCAGCUAUCAAGGCUUUGGGAUCAUUCAGAAGCAACCCAACCAACUGAUUCAAAAGAGAGGAGAUGAAAAAGGAAGAAAAGAGAAAGUGUCAAGUUCUGAUAUUUUGUUCUAUUUAUUAGUUUGUUGAUGAUUGUGUAUGAGAAGAUCUUGAUGUUGAUGAUCAUCUUAUAUCUUUCUUGUUUCUCUAUUAUCUUUUAAUUUCUUCUUGUUAGCUGUGCAUGAUGUGCAUUGAGUAGUGAUGUUUUGCUCC